UAAAUUGUUCAGAAGCUAUGGCGAAAAACUUGGACUUACUCGUAUGUCUGUUAAUCAUGGUUAUCGACGUUGUAGCAGGAGUUCUCGGCAUCCAGGCCGAGGUCGCCGAAAAUAAGGUUCAACAGCUCAGGCUAUGGAUAUUCGAAUGCCGAGACCCGAGUUACCAAGCUUUCAAGCUUGGCUUGGGUGCAGUGGUGCUACUGUGUCUGGCACACAGCAUAGUGAAUCUACUCGCAGGGUGCAUCUUCAUCGGAUCGAAAGAAGAACUGGAUCGAGCUUCUCCUAACAAGCAGCUCGCUGCUGCUUCCCUUAUUCUGUCAUGGGUUAUGUUGGGUAUUGCGUUUAUCCUGCUGAUAUCGGGAACGGUAGCAAACUCGAGAUCGAGAAAGAACUGUGGGAUGACCCACCACCGCCAGCUGUCGAUCGGAGGAAUACUGUGUUUUAUUCACGGGCUAUUUGCGGUUGCCUACUAUAUUUCUGCAGUUGCAGUGUUUCACGAAGAAAGGAAACUAAAUCAACAAGGCCAGGAAAACAAACCGAAUCAACAAGCACCCCCUGCCUGAGUGUCGUCUCUUUCUCGUAAUCGACAAUAUAUAUGUUCGAUUUUGCAUCUUACUUUCUACAGAUAAUUGUUCAGUAAAUUCCUAACUCAUAAUCACCAACACGUGCCUAUUCUAAUGAAGGUUUUCUACUGGGACAAAAGGAUGUGAUCGAUUUAAUGUUACAACAAGAUGUUCAUUCGAGUUUAACAUCAAGAACAUAACCACAAACAUACUACAUUAAAUAUCAACGGAGUUCAUUAUACAGCAUGCAGAACAUAAUCUUUAACUAGAAAAGAAAAA